AUGUACGCCGCUCAGAAUAUUACGCCAACAGUUUUGGAUGCCAUGAACGGAAAUGUCUCCGAAUGGUAUAACGAAUGCGACAAUGCCAUAAGAAGGUCAGAAAUUGUUCCUGGUACUUAUGAAUAUACAACAGCAGUUUCAUACGGAAAUGUAGGAGAGUUUGCUGAAGGUUCUUCUACAACCGUUGACAUUGCAUGUGACAGAUUUCAUAUUAUAUCUUUAGAUAACUCAUUCUUGUAUGUCGAACAAGGGGAUUGUGCCAUGUGA